GCCCAGAGCAGACAGCGGGAGUCUGAGGAGACCGAUCAAAAAGCUGUGAAGAAGAAGACUGAGAUGAAGAGAAAGAUGCUGUUGCUGUUCGUCACACUCUUGCUGGGCGCGGUGGGACAGUCCUGGGCUGUCACCUGGGAGUACUACAUUGCCGCCAUGGAGACGACCUGGAACUACCUGGACUCAGUGAGCACAGACGUGGCCUCCAGACAAAGACCUGACAUCCCAAAAUAUACCAAGGCCAUUUAUAAUGAAUACACAGACUCCACCUUUACAACACAGAAAUCAAAGCCUCCUUGGGCCGGUAUCCAAGGUCCCACAAUCAGAGCCCAGGUGAGCGAUAAAGUUGUGAUCCAUUUCAAGAACUUUGCGUCACAACCGUUUAGCAUUUCUCCCAUUGGGAUUCCCUACUGGAAGCAGUCAGAAGGUGCUGGAUAUGAUGACUCCACUACCAGCCAGGAGCAGGGCGAUGACGCCGUCGCUCCUGGCGGCUACUACAAGUACGUGUGGGAGAUCCAUGUCCUGAGCGGGCCCACCAUGACAGACCCUGACUGCCUCACAUACUCCUACUCCUCCCGCGUCGACAUUGUCAGGGACUUCAACUCGGGACUCAUCGGCCCAUUACUAAUCUGCAGAGCAGGUGUUCUGACAGUCGAAGGGAAGCAAAAGGUUCCUGAGUUCAUCUUACUUUUCGCUGUGUUCGACGAAAACAAGACCUGGUACAGAAACCUGGAAAGAUCCCUGGACAAAUUCAAAAAGCCUGAAAUGGCCAGAGAAUAUCACACCAUCAAUGGUCAUUUCAACUCAUCAUUACCUGGUCUAACUCUGUGCCAGGGCUAUGAGGACGUGUCCUGGCAUCUGAUUGGUGUGGGCACCUCUCCCGAGAUCCACUCCAUCCAGUUCCAGGAGUACUCGCUGCAAGUAAUGAAACACAGGAAGGUGUCCUUGGAGAUGGCCCCAAUGACCUUCACCACAGCGCUGAUGAAGCCGCUGGCUGAGGGGACGUUCCAGAUCUCCUGCCGGAUCCACUCCCAUAAGAACGCUGGCAUGACUGCCAACUUCACGGUGCACAAAUGUGUAGAUCCUGUGCUCCCAGACAAGCGGAAUGUCAAAGUAGAGGAGGAAGACGACCCCUCCUACGAUGACCUCAUGUCCACGAUUGUGUUCCAGCGUGGGGGCGUCGCGUCUCUCCUCAGGUCGGGGAGUAAGGGGAGGCCCAGAGUGUGGGUCCACUACAUCGCUGCUGAGGAACAUACUUGGGACUACGCGCCAAAUGUUAAAAAGGGUGACAGGCUCUAUUCCUCUGAGAACCUGAGACAGGGUCCACAGCGCUUAGGGAAGGUGUAUAAGAAGGUUGCAUAUGUGGAGUACACAGACAAGAGCUUCACUAAGAGAAAAAGACAAAGCCCAGGCAAGGGAUUGAUUGGGCCUGUCCUGACUGGAGAGGUUGGGGACAAAUUUCAGAUUAUCUUCAAGAAUCUGGCUAAUCGGCCCUACAACAUCUACCCUAAUGGAUUGACAAGCAUUUUGCCACUUAAUCGAAAAGCAACCCAUAAGGACAUGAGCUCUCUGGCAAUACAGCCAGGGGACACGUUUUCUUACCUGUGGAAACUGACAUCUGAGGAUGGUCCCACGGACCUCGACCCACGAUGCCUCACUCGUCUGUACCAGAGCACCCUCAACUCCGAGAGGGACUUGGCCUCAGGGCUGGUGGGUCCCCUUAUCGUCUGCAAACCAGGCUCACUGGACCGGACAGGCAGAGUGGUAACAUCAGAUAUAGAGAAGCAUUUGAUGUUUGCCAUAUUUGAUGAAAACAAAAGUUGGUACCUUAAUGAAAACAUUCAGAACUACAGUGAAGACCCUAAUGCUUUGAAUACUCAGCAUCCAGAUUUCUACAAAUCCAAUGUUAUGAAUACUGUCAAUGGCCUGAUGUACAACAACCUCCACUUCAAGGUAUGCCUGGGUGAGGUCACCUUCUGGCAUAUGGCAAACGUGGGGACGCAGAGCAACUUUCUGUCCGUUUACUUCACAGGAAAUCCCUUUGAGAAAGACAAAGUGUACAACACUGUCCUCACCCUGUUUCCUAUGAGUGGGGAAACCGUUGCAACAGAGAUGGAGACACUUGGUGAGUGGGAGAUCAGUGCUUUUGACCCCAAGCUGAAAAACCAGGGCAUGAGUGCCCAGUACUCAGUGUUCAGCUGUGAAAAGUUACCCACAAUGGAUACGGAAGAAGAUUACGAUUUUGAUUAUGUGUUUGACCCCAUGCCCAUGGCGAGGGGUGCCAGAGGAGAUCAGGGGAACCAGACAGUGGCCAUCCGAGUGUGCCGGCCAGUGAAGACUAACGACACCCAGCUGGACAACACCCUCCCCAUCGAGGGAAGGGAGGGCAAGAGAAAGCAGGUGUGUGAGAUGAAAUAUAUCAGUGUGGCAGGAGAGCAGGACACCAGCAUUCUCUCAGAGGGUGGAAUCCCCGAAGACAUCCUGGCGGAGCUGGACAAAGAGUUAAAUGGGGACCUUGCAAAGCGACGGAAGAGGUCACUGACAAAAACGACUGAGGAAAACACUGACGGAGACACGUCAGCUGAUCAAGUCCUGGAUGUCAGUGAUGGGAUGCCGUCUGGUUUCUCCGACUAUAUUGAUUUGGUAUUUCAAGGAGAAUCUCAGCAUACAGCUAUGGGGAACUCCACUGAGGCAGAUGUCGAUGAAACCAAAUCUAAGGAGAAGAACAAAACCUUAAAUGACUUCUUCAGUAGAAUCCUCCAAAGAUUGGACCAGGGUUCUUUGAAUGACCCUAUCCAGACACUAAAUGAGACUUGGGAGGAGGCUGACAAUAGUGUGGAGAAGGAUUCUGACAGACAAAACAGGAGCAAGCUGCAGAGGCGACAAGCUCUUGACCUUAUAAAGCACACAGAGCAGGAGGGAUCGAUAGACCUGGCCAGUGAGAACGACAUUCUCGACGAUAACUCACUGGACAGUCUAGACGGACUAACAGAAUACCUCGAUAAGUUACAGAUAGACCUUGGUGACCUGGUGGAUUUGUCCAAUUCCACAGACAACACCACAGACCCAAGACAGAUGCCUUCAUUUGAAUAUGACGACUACUCUGAUGAAAAGAACUUUUCAAUGAAUGAUAUUCCUUACGAGGGGGGUUUGAAUCCAAGGUCGAGCCAACCGAAGUACCGCAGCUAUUACAUCGCAGCUGAGGAAGUCAUGUGGGAUUACGGAAUCACAAAACCCCAUCAGCUUAUUAGACCAAAAGAAAUGCGACGUGGAUAUAGGAAGUACUUCCCAGCCUACAAGAAGGUGGUGUUCCGGGCUUACCAGAACAAAGAUUUCCUGGAGCCUGUCAAACAAGGAGAACUCGAUGAGCACCUUGGAAUCAUGGGCCCAGUGCUGAAAGCAGAAGUCAACGAUGUUCUAACAGUGGUCUUCAGGAACAAAGCGUCCAGACCCUACUCUCUGCACCUCCAAGGAGUUUAUGACAAGUUCCAGGGGCAGUCGUCUCCCAGCGGUAUCCCCGGGCAGGACUAUCGGCCUGACGAGGCCCCCGGGGAGCCUGUGCCUCCCGAGGAGAGGGUCUACAACUGGAGGGUCCACAAACGCCAGGGACCUGCCACAAAAGACUUUGAUUGCAAGACCGGCGCCUAUUAUUCCACUGUUGACAAGGAGAAGGACAUAAACUCUGGACUGAUUGGUCCCCUGCUGAUCUGUAACCCAGGGACUCUCAAAACAGCCACGCUUAUGCAGCCAGGGGUACGAGAUCUCUUCCUCCUCUUCACCAUCUUUGAUGAGCAGAAGAGCUGGUACAUGGAGGAAAACAUCAAGAAGUUCUGCUCCCCCCCUUGCAGAGCCAAUAAAAAUGACCCCUGGUUUGAGAUGAGCAACAAAUUUUCAGCCAUUAAUGGGUACGUGGCAGAGACACUCCCAGGGCUGGCUAUUGAACAGUACAAGACCGUGCGAUGGCACCUCAUGAACAUGGGCAGUGGGGGCGAGUUCCAUUCCGUCUACUUCCACGGCCUCCCAUUCAGCGUCAGGAAUGACGAGGAGCACAGAAUGGGCGUGUUCAACCUCUAUCCUGGUGUUUUUGGCACCGUUGAGAUGAGACCUCCCAUGCUGGGCACCUGGAUGGUGGAGUGUUCCAUAGGGGAGCACCAGCUCUCCGGCAUGAGAGCCAAGCUGCUGGUCUACGACCCAGAAUGUAUUCAGCCACUGGGGAUGGAAUCGGGAAUUAUUUCUGACGAACAAAUUUCAGCUUCGGACUAUUAUGAUAACUGGGAGCCAGGCUUGGCCAGGUUACAGCAGUCUGGCUCCUUUAACGCCUGGGUAGGCCAUUCCAAAACAUCAUGGCUCCAGGUGGACCUGCGGAAGCCCAUGCUGAUCCACGGCCUCCAGACCCAAGGAGCCCGAACCGGAUCUUUGGGCAUCAAAGAAACAUUCACCAUGUACUUCACUGUCUCAUACAGCAUGGACAACGAGCACUGGAAGAUCUACCGGGGAAACGACUCCAAGCCGUCCAAAGUUUUUAUCGGCAACUGGGAUGGCUCAAGUGUAAAUGAAAAUCUCCUGUCCCCACCAAUCAUUGGCCAGCACAUCAGACUGAAUCCAGUGGUCUUCAAGGGCCGUCCCACUUUUCGCUUGGAGCUGCUGGGAUGCGAUUUAAACAGUUGUUUGAUGCCUCUGGGCAUGCAGAAGAAGACCAUCCCCAACAACAGCAUCACGGCCUCCUCGUAUCUGUACAAGUGGCUGCUGUCCUGGACCCCCUCUCUGGCCAGACUCCAUCAGGAGGGCCGAGCCAAUGCUUGGCGGCCGAAGAGCAAUGACCCCCACCAGUGGAUCCAGGUAGAUUUCAUGGAGCAGAGGAGGGUGACAGGCAUCAUCACCCAGGGGGCAAGGUCCAUGCUGCAGGGAAUGAUGGUCACAGAGUUUUGCGUGUCCACCAGCGACAACGGCCACGACUGGACCAUGGUGAUGGAGGGCGGAAGAGAGAAGAAAUUUGAAGGAAACAUGGAAUACGAUGAACAGAAGCUGAACCUCUUUGAUCCUCCACUCUUUGCUCGCUAUAUCCGCAUCUUUCCCCGAGGAUGGUUGAAUGACAUCGCUCUUCGACUGGAGUUCCUGGGGUGUGAAACGCAGCAAAGACUCUAAAGCUCACCACUGUUGAGAGUAGACUAGUCAUUGACAUACAGUAUGUGUAAGGAAGCCGAAAAUAUCAAUGUCCAGCAUGUGCUUCUGACAGACCCUUUAAUGUAACUCAUAACUAUCCAUGUUUGUUCUGUCAGUGCUGCGUCUUAUUCGCGCACAGUGAAGUCACUACACUGAAGAAGGUCUAAUAUCUAACCUCUGUUUGAUUUUAAAUCUUUGUAAAUAUCUGUCAUGUACAUCAAGCUGUAUUUAUUUUUGUAUAUCAAAAGUGUUGGUAUGUCACAUAUGUCACACAUGUGUCAUGUGUUUUGCACUGUGAAGAGAGAAGAAAGAGUAUUUUACUGGGAGAGAUUUUAUGGGGGGGGUAAAAAUGUAUAUUUUAAAUACCAAAUGCUCAAUAAAUGAGAAAGCUCUCUUCUCUUUGUCCACUGA